GCGGUCGCCUUUGUGUGGGUCGAGCGGCGGCGGUGGCGGCGGCGGUGGCGGCGGCGGCAGUGGCGGUCCCACUGGCAGGCGGGCAAGAGGGGAGUCAGGGCGGCGUCCGGCGUGGAAGCCGGGGGACCACCAUGGUAAAGAAGCGGAAAGGCCGUGUCGUGAUCGACUCGGAUACGGAAGACAGCGGCAGUGACGAGAACCUGGAUCAGGAGCUCUUGUCCCUGGCGAAACGGAAGCGCAGUGACUCCGAGGAGAAGGAGCCUCCUGUGAGUCAGCCUGCAGCCUCAUCAGAUUCAGAGACCUCCGACAGUGAUGAUGAGUGGACAUUUGGGAGCAAUAAAAAUAAGAAGAAAGGAAAAACCAGAAAAGUAGAGAAGAAAGGAGCCAUGAAGAAGCAAGCCAACAAAGCUGCCUCCUCGGGCAGCUCAGACAGAGACAGCUCAGCUGAGAGCUCUGCCCCUGAGGAAGGUGAAGUGUCAGAUUCUGAGAGCAGCAGCUCCUCUUCCAGUUCAGAUUCAGACUCCUCGUCAGAAGAUGAAGAAUUCCAUGAUGGCUAUGGAGAGGAUCUUAUGGGAGAUGAGGAAGAUAGGGCCCGACUGGAGCAGAUGACGGAGAAGGAGAGGGAGCAGGAGCUCUUCAACCGCAUAGAGAAGAGAGAGGUGUUGAAAAGAAGGUAAGCUGUCUGUACACUUAGUUUCUCACAGUUUAAGAUUUUCUCCAGCUUCACAGUGGUAUAAGGCUUUACCCAUAUAAUUAUUUUUUUCAUUUAUUACAGUUUUUGAUAAAUUACACGAGAUGCCAAACACUUCAUUUCACAGGAUGUCUUGUCCCACCGGCCACCAAGUAAAUGCACAGACACUUUGUAUUAAUUAUGAGAGCUUGGCCUGAGCUUGGCAGACCCUCAGCUAGCUCAUCUAAGUAAACCCGACCCUCGAGCUCUGUCACACCCUGUGGCUUGUUAGUUACCUUUUCCUCAGUCCCUGUACCUGUUCCUCCUUCCUCUGUGUCUGGCUGGCAAAUCUCCCGCCUCUCUCUCUCUUUCCCAGAGUUCCUAUCUCUGCCUGGAAGUUUGGCCUAUCCUCUCCUGCUUUGCUAUAGGCCGUUCAGCUCUUUAUUAAACCAAUCAGAAGGUGAUGGAGAACAUGUUUACAAAACACCGAGACAGAUUUGAAAUUAAGAAAAAACUAAAAACAGCCAAAAAGAAAGAGAAGAAAGAAAAAAAGAAAAAGCAGGAAGAAGAACAAGAAAAGAAGAAGCUGACACAGAUUCAGGAAUCUCAGGUUACUUCCCACAAUAAAGAACGGCGUUCCAAGCGGGAUGAAAAACUAGAUAAGAAAUCUCAAGCCAUGGAGGAGCUAAAAGCAGAGCGAGAAAAACGGAAGAACAGAACAGCUGAGCUCCUCGCCAAAAAACAGCCAUUGAAAACCAGUGAGGUCUACUCUGACGAUGAGGAGGAGGAAGAUGAUGACAAGUCCAGUGAGAAAUCGGACCGCUCAUCCCGGACAUCAUCAUCUGAUGAAGAGGAAGAGAAAGAAGAAAUCCCUCCAAAAUCACAGCCAGUCUCAUUACCCGAGGAACUGAAUCGGGUUCGGUUAUCACGGCAUAAGCUAGAGCGCUGGUGUCACAUGCCCUUCUUUGCUAAAACUGUCACAGGAUGUUUUGUACGGAUUGGCAUUGGAAACCACAAUAGCAAGCCAGUUUACCGGGUGGCUGAGAUCACGGGUGUUGUGGAAACUGCCAAAGUUUACCAGCUGGGUGGCACCAGAACAAAUAAAGGGCUCCAGCUACGGCAUGGCAAUGACCAGCGAGUGUUCCGCCUAGAGUUUGUGUCCAACCAAGAAUUCACUGAAAGUGAAUUCAUGAAGUGGAAAGAAGCGAUGUUUUCUGCUGGCAUGCAGUUGCCCACACUAGAUGAAAUCAAUAAAAAGGAAUUAUCUAUUAAGGAAGCUCUCAAUUAUAAAUUCAAUGAUCAGGACAUUGAGGAGAUUGUAAAAGAGAAGGAAAGGUUCAGAAAAGCCCCACCAAACUAUGCUAUGAAGAAGACUCAGCUGCUAAAGGAGAAGGCUAUGGCUGAGGACCUGGGAGAUCAGGACAAAGCCAAACAAAUCCAAGACCAGCUAAAUGAGCUAGAGGAGCGAGCAGAGGCCCUGGACCGCCAGCGGACCAAGAACAUAUCUGCUAUCAGCUACAUCAACCAGCGGAAUCGGGAGUGGAAUAUUGUGGAGUCUGAGAAGGCUCUGGUGGCUGAAAGUCACAACAUGAGAAACCAACAGAUGGACCCCUUCACCAGGCGGCAGUGCAAACCCACCAUCGUCUCUAAUUCCAGGGAUCCAGCUGUUCAGGCUGCCAUUUUGGCCCAGCUCAAUGCAAAAUACGGUUCUGGGGUAUUACCAGAUGCUCCAAAGGAAAUGAGCAAGGGUCAAGGAAAGGAUAAAGAUUUGAAUUCUAAGACAGCCAGUGACCUCUCGGAAGACCUGUUCAAAGUGCAUGACUUUGACGUGAAGAUUGACUUACAGGUUCCAAGCUCAGAGUCAAAAGCUUUGGCCAUUACCUCCAAAGCCCCACCAGCCAAGGACGGAGCUCCGAGGAGAUCUCUGAACUUAGAAGACUACAAAAAACGACGGGGGCUUAUUUGAGCACUUCCAGCCUGCUGCUUCCAACCCUGCAUGCCCCGCCAUCGUCCUGCCUUUCCUCUUUUCCUCUGAUUCGCCCUCUUUGGGCUGGAGCAGCAGUGGAACUGGGAAGAGACUCUAAACUGCCAGUCAUUGUAAUAUAAACCAUUUACUGUAUAGACCUUCCUUGUCUGUCCCAUCUCCCAGCAACCCCAGGCCCCACCCACGGUGGAUCUGGGUUGGAUGGGGCUUCUUCUCUUUAGGUUUGUGUUUGCCCUCCCGCCUGCUUCUGGUUUGUAACUAGCACAGUCCCGCCACUCAGCACACUCAGUAUUACCGUGGAGCUGUGGGGUUCUUGCUAGAGGCCCUGGUGGCAGCAGUGGCAGCACUUCAGUGUCCUUCAGGCUGCCUUGGGCCCGACCAUCGAACAUUUGGCAUCUAACCCUUGCAGAGAGUGGGACUGGGCGGCUGCCAUCUUCUUCCCUCUCAUCCUUCUCUUCUUCCUGUGUCCAUGGAAGAGGGAUUUUCAAAACCAGUUUAGUUUCCAAAAAGUGUACAUUUAUGGGGAGGGAGGGAAGGGGCCUAAUUUGAGUGAGAGAGAGAGAGAGAGAGAGUGUGUGUGUGUGUGUGUGUGUGUGUGUGUGUGUGUGUGUGUGUGUGUAUUUUUUAUCAUUUUUUAAAAUGCAGUACUCUUUGUAUCAGUCUGUCAUGGGUCUAUAGCUGUUUCAGAUUUUUUUGAGCUGUACUUGAGCAUCUGAAACUGCAAGAAAGAAACUGAUUAAAUGUGAUUCUUCUUACUAAACAGGCCUGACUGCUGUAGCUGUGUGACUUCCCUCCCUCUACCCUAGCACUGCCCUACCCCACAGGAAACUCCCAUCUAGUCCCCUUGCCCCAUAGGCUGUGUUCUAGCAGGUGAGCAGGAAGCUCAUGGCAGGUCCUAGGGAGGGCAGCCAGAGAGUCUCGCUCAUUCCACAGGCACAGCUUCUUGACUGAACGUAGCACAUCUCGUCCCCACCCACUGUUCCUGUCUCUUCCUAGUGACUCUGAUGUUUGGCAAGAAUAACAUUUUCUGGUUUUUUAAGAAAUAAUUCAACAUGAAUGUGGAGAGCAAACAAAAAGAUGUAGGUUGCAAAUGUUACCAGCAUGUGCAGUGGUGUGUGUGUGCCUAUGUGUGUCUCUGUGUGUGCAUAUAUAUGUGGUGAGCAUAUAUAUAUAUUGUGCAGCUAGGGUGAAGCCAGCAAAGAGGUGUGUAUGUUGUUAUGAGACGUUUGAAAAGAAGCUGACUGCUUGAUAAUCAUUCUCAGGUGUAAAGCUCCAAGUGUAAAUAAAAGUGGCAUUUAACAAAUUUUUUCAGAACAAAGUCCAGCUGAUGAUCUCCAGCAAGCAGUAAGCUAAAGGAACAGCUGAGAGCCGCCGAUCUGCACACAGUGCAGAGGGGUCAGCUCUGUGCUUCACUGACUUGGAUAAGGAAGGGAUGAUGGGAAAUCAUGGAAUUAAGUAGUAUUUAAACAAAAGUGGACGUAAUAGCUCUUCUGUUUGAGUAAAGCCUUGGUGUUGCUUUAUCUUAGUUUACAUUUUUACUUUUUAAAAAGCAGCAACGGAUGCUUUUAAAGAAGUAUUGUGACUGUAGCACUGGGAAAUGUGGCCCGUGCCCCAGCUUGUUGUAGCUGUGGCAUAGAGUUGGGCAAAAGAGCGGUGAUGGACUCAUUGCAACCAUACAUACUUGAAGAGUCCAUUGACCGAAGCUCUUUAUAGACUGUUUUGUAAAUGGGGAAAUCACAGACUGUUGAACGCCGCCUGCACUCUAACGGUCCUAGAGCUGCUGGGACCUCUCCUAUCAUGUCAGACUUGGACUUUUUUCCUUCUUGUUUAAAGGACAUAAAAUCAUAGAAUCCAUAUAAUCUGUGGAGUCAUCCUGACCCACAUGUAGAUCUGUAUCUAAUAUUAUUUGGAUUUGGACAAGUGUCAAUGACAUGGCUGUGUAAUAAAAUUUUUAUUAAAAAUACCACACACUGUAGCCCCUUUGCCACUCCCCAUCUGCAGCUGCUGAAACCCUCAUGCUGAGAUGCCAAAACACGGGGCAGGGAAAAAAAGCCCACCAAAGAAGAUUGAGAGUUAACCCAGCAACUGACCUGCCUGUCUGCUGAUUCCAGUCAACAUUCAGCACCUACCUGCAGUCUCAGCUGAGGUGGGGCCUGAGCCAAGAUCUCAGCCAGUCAAUGGAACCUUAGCUUUGUCCCACCAACUGGCUUCCUGGUGGGUCACAGUUUUUCUCCUGCUGGUGAAUGCCCUCAGUGGCCUCUCCAUCACCCCAACUUCACUUCAGUGUUGAGGGGCGUAGGACCCAAAGCUGUUUUCUACUCUUUUUCAGUUCUGGGAAGUAAGAGAGUCCAUAUACCUAGCUCAUGCUGUCUGUAGAUCUGUUGUCUGGUUUCUGACAGGCACAGAGAAAGUCUGUUUUUGUUAUUUUUUUUGUGAAGUCCUGACUUCAAUCUGUAAAUAUAUUUGUAAAUAAACUCUGGCAUUUUAAUAAGGGA